GGUAGGUAACAUAUAUCCAUCGGCCGGUAUCAUCUGGCCGGGCACCCAGGCCAUUAUAUUUCAACAUAUACACACACACAGAAUUGAAACUCCAUCCAUCCAUCUUUAAUUUCCAUGAUCGAUAAGCUAGCUAGCUAUCUAAUUAAUAUAUAGCUGCAUUGCAUGCGCUACUCCAUCUACUGUACCGGCCUCUAGCUAAACAUACAUACAUACAUAUAUAUAUCAUAUAUAUAUCUCUUGAUUAUUAAUUAAUUAAAUGGUGAUGGAUGCAACAGAUGUGGGAGAUCAGUGUAAGAGAUCAGCAGCUGCAGCUGGUAGUAGCAUUUGGGUGGCGGGGGCAGUGAUCGUGGGCGCCGGCCCCUCGGGGCUGGCGGUGGCAGCGUGCUUGAAGGAGAAAGGGGUGCCCAGCCUGGUGCUGGAGAGAUGCAACUGCAUUGCCUCUCUUUGGCAGCUCAGGACCUACGACCGCCUCCGCCUCCACCUCCCCAAGCACUUGUGCCACCUCCCCUUCAUGCCCCUCCCCCGCUCCUUCCCCGCCUAUCCUUCCAAGCGCCUCUUCAUCCGCUAUUUGGAGGCCUACGCGCACCGCUUCCACAUCCGCCCGCUCUUCCGCCGCACCGUCGUGUCCGCGGAGUACCGCGGGGGGCUCUGGAGGGUCAAGGCCCAGGUAGGGGAGGCGGAGGGGGAGGAGGAGUACGUGUGCCGGUGGGUGGUCGUGGCCACGGGGGAGAAUGCGGAGGCGGUGGCGCCCAGCAUCCCGGGGGCAGAGGACUUCGGCGGGCCCAUGAUUCACACCAGCUCCUACAAAAGCGGGACGGGCUUCGGAGGGAAGAAAGUGCUGGUGGUGGGGUGCGGGAAUUCGGGAAUGGAGGUGUGCGUGGACCUGUGCAGCCACGGCGCCGCCCCCUGUCUGGCGGUGAGGGGCAGGGUGCACGUGCUGCCGCGGCAGAUGCUGGGCAAGUCAACGUUUGAGGUGGGCAUGUGGCUGCUCAGGUGGCUCCCGCCGCGGCAUGCGGACGCGCUCCUGCUCGGCCUCUCCCGCCUCCUGCUGGGAGACACGUCGCGGCUGGGUCUCCGCCGCCCCAAGGUGGGGCCCUUGCAGCUCAAGCAGCUCUCCGGCAGGGCUCCUGUUCUGGACGUCGGAGCUCUGGCCAAAAUCAAGAGCGGGGAGAUCAAGGUCCGCCCGGGCAUUAAAAGAGUGGCGAGGCGGCACACGGUGGAGUUCGUGGAUGGAGAAGAGGAGCGCUUCGACGCCAUCAUCUUUGCUACCGGUUACAGAAGCAACGUCUCGUCUUGGCUGAAGCUGCCGCCGCCGCCGGGGGAGGAGGAGAUUAAUGGGGUAUAUGCUGUAGGGUUUAGCAACCGUGGAUUGCUGGGUGCUGCCGUCGAUUCCAAGAGAAUCGCACACCACAUUGCAAACUCUUACGCCCUACUUGGGCCCCGCCCGCCCACCUCCUACCCGCACCAUUGCCGCCGUAUAUAAUUAAACACUCCUUCCUCCACUAAAACAUAGCUAGGUUGGAGUAUAUAUUGGACCAACUAUAUUCUUAUUCUCUAAAAUACCACCUAUUUGAUCCUAUUUAAAAUAGCUCGUACUACCUUUUUCCUUAAAACUUUGACAAAGUUGACGGACACGAAGAAUAAUAAAGUAAAACUGUGUGGUUGAAAUUUGUGCAGAGGAGAGAGAAAUAACAGAAAGAUGACAAAAUUUUAAUGGACGAAGGGAGGGAGUAUAAAAGUUUCCCAAACACGAGUCAAUGGUUCUUAUUUAAAGAACAUCAAAGACAUUGAUUCUCUCUCGUCUCUUUGUCUAUUUUUACUCGGAUUUUUUUCACCAAUCAUUUUUCUUCAACACACUUUCUUAUACACUUUAUGUACACCUCCGUGAGAAUGCUAUUUUUUUUACUUGUGAAUCCCAUGUGUAAACCCAUUAGGAUGGACUCUAUCAAUGAAAUUUUGACCAC